CCCACCGCGACCGACCAACCCGGCUCGAGCCCACAACCACGCCGGCUCUCCCUGGACUACGAUGACCACGAUACCCGCCCGUCUUGCGCAAACCACGCGCACAUCGAGCAGCCCGCAAGAGGCGCGCAGGCGUGUCGUCGAGCUCUACAGGCUGUGGUACCGUUCCGCCCCGGAGAUCUGCACUCUCUACGCCCUCGACGUCUCACCAACAUACGUCCGCCGUGCGAUUCGCGCACAGUUCGAGCAGAACCGCCACGUCUCUGACCCGAAGGUCAUCGACGUCCUGUUGCUUAAGGGAAGGCAGGAGUACCAGGAGACGGUGAACUGCUGGAAGAUGCCGGAUCAGCUCUUGGGCAUCUUGUUGAACCCGCGGGCGAGGACACAGAAGACGUUCAUGCAGAAGUUCCUGGAGGGGAGAGAUGAGGAGGCUGCGUUACCUGCCGCUACCGGUAUCCACUAGACUAGGCGUUUUGUACCGGGCGGGAAUUGUCAUCGAAACUAUAUUUCGCACUUGC